AUAAAGCAAAGGAAAAAGCUAAAAAAAAGCAGAGAAGAAUUAAUGGAGACUUGCGCUACAACAACCAUAACAUCACAGAAGAAAAGUCAUGAGCAGAGCCAGCAGGUAGUAGAUGGUUCUGGUAUAAUAGAGUUGGUUGGGAACGAUGAGGUUUUUAGCAGUUUCGUAGAGCAUAAGUUUCAGGAGCUGGACGAAGACAGAGACGGUCAGCUCUCUGUUAAGGAACUUCAGCCUGCUGUUGCUGAUCUUGGAGCUGCCCUUGGCCUGCCCUCUCAGGGCUCUUCUCCUGACUCUGAUCAUAUCUAUUCUGAGGUCUGUGCCUCCAAAAUAUCUUCAAUUUUUUUCUGGGUUAAGAUUCUACCUAAUCUACUAGAAGAUGCGGUAUUUAUUGCAAUCGGGUUUUUGAUGCAGACACUGCACACAGCCUUCGAAAACGCUCCAAAAGAUCGUAAUGGGAAAAUCUCAAAGGACUAUUUACGUGUUGUGCUGGAUCAAGUGGCUCCAUCAGCUGGGUUACCUCCAAUUGGUGCAGUUGAGGAGAUGGACAAAAUUAUCGAGGAUGUGCUGAAAAUUACAAACGCGGAUGAUGGAAAGAUGGUUAAAGAAGACGAAUUCAAGAAACUCUUGACUGAAAUCUUGGGAAGCAUCAUGUUGCAGCUAGAGAGCAAUCCCAUCUUGGUGUCUUCUAAUUCGGUUGUGCACGAGCCACUUGCCUCAUCUUCUACGCUACUGCAGCCGUCUUCCUAGUUUACUAAUAACAUAUAUAUGGUAACUGUCUAUGAUAUAUCAAGUAAACAAAAAGUAAGUAAAAUAAAUUAAUUUUGGCCAAAAAGUUAUCUUUUGCAUAAGAUAUGUAUUAUCAGUUCAUCGAUUAUGCCAAUGGCAUAUAACUGCCGUAUGUAUAUUAUCUUUUUAUAGAAUCAAA